AUCGCAUUUCGCAAGUCGACCUCUACGAUGGCGAUGGUCAAGAUCCUCGGCUACGGGUCGCUCCUUUCCGAGACGUCGGCGCGGUCGACCUUUGGCGCGACGAUGCAGCGUUUCCGCCUUGGCCGUGUGCAUGGCUACCGUCGCGUCUUUGCGCUGCCAGGCUCGAUCUUCUUCCCCGAGCAGAUUGCCAACCCCGCGACAAAGGAGUUUGCCUGCCUCUGCGUCGAGCCAAGUCCGGGUAGCAGCUUCAUCGUGAGCGUCUUUGAAGUACCAGAGGACCAAGUACUUGCGUUUCGCCGCCGCGAGCACCUCUACGACAUUCAGCCCGUCGAGUACGAAGAGGCGGACGGCUCGAGAGACGAGGCGCUCAUGUGUCUUCGCUGGACCGACGAGGCGGUGAUCCAAGCCAACGGCCAAGCCUUCUUUGACGAGCGCUACGGGCAGUAUGGCCUGGACACGAUCUGGGGCUGGGGCCCCGAGAGCGGUAUUCUUCCGUGCCGGGUCUACCUGCGCCACUGCCUCCUCUCGGUGGCCAAGCUCGGUGAGCAAGUCCGCACGGACUUUUUGAAGCAUUCGUUUCUUGGCGACCGCCAGACGACGGUUGAAGCCUACAUCGCCGCCCACCCCGAGAUCAUGGACGCGCUGCCGCCUCCGUCGCUCGUCGGUCGCUACAGUGGAUAGAUCAUGGAUAGGAUAGAACAGCGCUUGUAGGAAUGGUGCGCUCCGCACGGUCCUUUCGACGAUGUAGUACGCAGAACCUCAAAAAGGAUGCAACGUGUUUACCGUCGUUUUAGGUUUAGGAGGAAAUCAUAGUUUAAUUCAGUAUGUG